AGCCGCUUGGGCUCUGACCAUUUUUUGGCCCCCGCAGGGUGAUUAUUUCGGGCCAGGCCGCCUGCCGCUGCCGACGCGGCCACGCCAAUUCGCUGGGCGGCCGCCCACCGCCCUGCAUGGACGACCGCACCGUGGGCGCGGCGAUGCGCGGCGCUGCCGCGCCGCUGCCGGGAUCCCUGCCGGUCCGGCCCGCGGACGCGGACGGCUUCGACCUCCUGACCUGGGCCUUCUGCAUGUGGGCGCUGCUGUGGACCGCGCUCUUCUACGCCUGCAGCUACUGGGCCGGCGCCCUGCUGGGCCCGCGCCGGCUGCCCCCGAGCCGCAAGGCGCACGAGAACGACUGCUACUGGGUGGGCCGCAACCUCGUCGGCGUGCUGCACGCCGCGCUGGUCGCGGCGGUCGCCCUGCCGGCGCUGGCGGUGCUCGCGGGCGCGCCGGACGCCGCGCGCUUCGCGUGCACGGGGCACCUGGGCUGGUGCAGCGGGGGGCCCCGCACCUCGGCUCAGCUGGCCUCCGUGCCCGGCGGCGAGCUGGCCGCGGAGGCCGUGGCGGCUGCCGGGCUGGCCUUCACGGCCUUCAUCGCCGUGGACCUCGUGCUGUCCGUGCUCCACGGCUACGCCACGCUCGACCACGUCGUGCACCACGUGGCCUUCGUCACCGCCGGGCUCAUCAUCCGCUGGCACUGCAUGCUGCCCUUCAACGCGGCGGCGCUCCUGUCGAUGGAGGUGUCGACGCCGUUCCUCAACCUCGCGCUGCUGUACCGCCACAGGGGGCAGGAGUUCGCGCUCCCAGUGAAGGCGGCGGGGGUCCCCCCCUUCGGCGCACCCGGUCUUCGUGGCCCUCUACGUGGUCUUCCGCCUCGGCGUCAACUCGUACGCCACCCUCGUUCUCUGGCUGCACCGCGACAUGGCGAUCCCCCCCGCGCGUCCCCGAGUGGCAGGGCGCCUUCCUCCUCGCCGCCGUGGCGGCCGGCGUGGCGGUGCAGCUCUUCUGGCUGCCGCGGAUCGUCCAGAGCUUCGCCUCGGGCCUCGGCCGCCGGGCGGCCGAGGCCGAGCCCGGCAGCAGCACCGACGACUGCGAGGCGGGCCAGGCCGGCAAGGGCGAGUUGAUGGGCGAGGGCCUCUGAGGCGAGGGCGAGGGGCGCGCUGCUGGGCGGUCGCGGGCGCCCUUCCGCCUGCCCACCGCGCGCCCCGUGCACGCGCUCGCGCCUCCGCGUGCUGAGGGCCCGCGCGGGCCCUGGGCGACGAGAGGGGGCCUUGCCCUCUGCGAGGGGAGGCGCGCCUGGCCUGCCCAGAGAGAGGCCCUCCCCCCCCCGGGGAGCCUCCUCUCCGAGGGGGGCGACGCGUCCCUUCGGAGAGGCCCCCCGAUCCUCCCUCAUUCAGCUCAUCC